AUGUUGCAGUGCUGUGGUGUUGGAGGUGGCGCUUCCACGGCACCUCAGGCUCCGCAGCUGCAGGAUACCGGAUCUGCUGUCGGGACUACCACCUCCACGAAUACCACCAUCAUGCAGGACGCAGUUAUUGAAUCCAUCCUCGAGCAAAUGCGUGAAACGGAAGCGCGAAAGGCGGAGCUGGAGCGGCAACAUGUCGAUGCACAGAAUCAGCUACGCGAGAAGUUAGCAGGACGAUACCAAGGACCGGAAUCGGUCGAAGCGCUGCAGUCAAAGAUAAGGGAACUGGAGAAAAAGGGAGCAUUGCAGGUGGUCAGACACGAGGAAUUGUCUUUGGAAUUAACGACUCUGAGACGCGCGCGAAGUAGACAUUCGACCAGUUGGCCUCCAGCUGGUUCGGAAAUCGACAGAAUAAUAGCGAAGAUGGAACAAGAUAAUAGCGCUAGUAGGAUGGUACACGACAUGGACCAUACUCGGGUAACCAUUACCACGCAACAACCCUCAGUUUCACAGGGUAUUUUGCGAUCUAGCUCGGAAAAUCUUCCUAAUCUCGGCCAACAUUCACAUCCACCUCAUCCGCAUGCUUUGAGCCUGGGAAUGCCAACCCAGAUCAGUCACUACGCAGGUUCACCUAUGCCCUUAACACCACUGAUGCCCGGUUGUCCACCUUUAACACCGAACGGACCACCGUACCAUUACAGCGAACCAAUUCCACCGGCACCGUCACUCUCCACCAGCCAAUCUCAACCCGCUUUCCAACAGAAGAUGCAGUAUCAACAACCGCAACCAACUCACACCGAGUUACCGAGUUCCCAUUCUCAAAGUGCUCUGCAGACACAGCAGAAGCAACAACAAACGCACACCCACUUUACGAGCAAUCAGUAUCAGGAAAGUUAUCCACACACGCAAACCUAUCAACAGCCGCUCCAGCAGCAACAACAGCAACCGCCGCAACAACAUCCGGCCUCUACAACGUACCUGACGUCAUCGAGUCAAAGCGUAAUACCUCAUUAUACGCAACCUACGCAGACCGCCCAAACUUUUCAAUUGAACGGAAGUCAGCAGGCAACGACAUAUCCAAGUUUGUCCAUUACGUCGCAUCCAAACGACACGUACAGUACAGGGGCGAGUAGCUUUGGUACUCAACUGUCGCAUCACAACUUCUCCGUUCCACCAACGAGCAUCACGCAAACCACAUUGUCCUCGUUGCCACCGUAUUCGACGAGCUCCUUCCAUUCUACCCUGAGCGGGCUUACCAGUGUACCACAAACCGUUCUUCCUUACUCAAGCGUACCGAGCACUUACGCCACCACCGGAUCCACGUACUCUACCGUCGGGACCAAUGCUUUUGGCACGUCGGGUGUGAGCUCAGGUAGCACAUCAACAGGCUUGUUACAAGCGAUAAGUGAUCCUCUACAAGCGAUGCAGCAACUUUCAGCUCAAUCCCAAGCGAAUCAGCUUCAACAGCAGGCAAUCAUACAGCAGAUUCAACAGAGUUUACGAGCCAGUUCGCCAACAGCAACUGCUACGACGGGUCACCACUUCCUUGGUCCAAGGCAGAUGCCAAAGAUACCCAGUAGUAUACUUUCUAAUCCCCUGGAUCGACUGACCAAUGACAAUAUCGUACCCGAGGGUCAAGUGGAUAUGCUGGACAUACCCGGGAAAGGCAGAUGUUACGUAUAUAUCGCUCGUUUCAGUUACGAGCCGUUUCAACAUUCGCCUAAUGAAAAUCCUGAAGCUGAAUUGCCCGUUCAGGGUGGCGACUAUCUUCUCGUUUGGGGGCAACCGGACGAAGAUGGUUUCCUCGACGCGGAAACACUCGACGGUAGACGCGGUCUCGUUCCAGCUAAUUUCGUUCAAAAAUUAGUCGGCGAGGAUCUGUUGGAAUUUCAUCAAGCUGUACUUGGCCUUAGGGACGUCGACGAUUCUGCUUCUACCAACAUUCCACAAGUAAGCAAUUGUUAUCUACAGGACAUCGACCUCGAGUUGGCGACACUGGAAGAGGGGAAUCGAAAUCGGCAAGCCGAACUGUCCGCGUACGCGGAGCUAGAUAAUAUCGCGGAGGAGGACGAACAAGAGCCACCAGUUCCGGCGCCACAUCACCUCACCCUCGAGCGGCAGCUGAAUAAGAGCGUGUUAAUCGGUUGGACGGCGCCAGAGAAUACCCAUCAGCUGGAGUCCUAUCACGUCUACGUGGAUGGGGUGCUGAAGGUUACCGUCAAGGCAACAGAGAGGACUAAAGCGUUGGUCGAGGGAGUUGAUUCCACCAGGCCACACAGAAUAAGCGUACGAUCAGUGACACACUCGAGAAGAACGUCCCGCGAUGCCGCUUGUACAAUGGUGAUAUGUAAGGACGUCGCCUUGGGUCCAACUGCUGUUAAAGCAUCGAACGUGACCGCUACCAGUGCUGUCAUAUCAUGGAUGCCGAGUAACAGUAAUCAUCAACACGUGGUUUGCGUGAACAACGUUGAAGUUAGAACGGUGAAACCUGGCGUGUAUAGGCACACGAUUACCGGUUUAGCGCCCUCCACGAUCUACAGGGUGACUGUCAAGGCGAAGAAUCUCAGAGCGACACACUUCGAGGACCAAAACACUCAAGCGGCAAAUAAUUUAGCAUGUCACGUCCAUUUCAAAACGUUACCCAAGGGACUACCUGACCCUCCGGUCGAUAUCCAGGUGGAGGCUGGACCGCAGGACGGCACUUUGCUAGUGACCUGGCAGCCUGUUGCCCUAAACGGUUCGGCCGUCACCGGUUACGCGGUGUACGCCGAUGGGAAGAAGGUCACCGACGUAGACAGCCCGACUGGUGACCACGCUUUGGUCGACAUACACAAGCUGAUCAGCCUGAAUCCGAAGCAUAUCACCGUGAGAACUAAGAGCAGGGAAAGUCAGUCGGGCGAUAGCUGUGCCACAGCGAUUCCCUGUAACGUUCUUCGCGGUGGAACCGGGGCACAUCUGCAACACGGAUCUACGCACAUGCAAGAUCAAGGACAGCAGCAACAAACUGGCGUCGGACAACCGGACGAUCCUAACAGGCAUCAUCGUAUAGGAGGCGCAGGUCAGAGAUAUCCAGCGGCACCUGUACCCUCUCAUAUGAGGAAACACGCAAAUACUAGAGUUGACGCUCACGGACAAGUUAUCAUUGAGACAGACGAGAAUUUAUCUGAUAAAGAGAUUUAUCCUGGACAAAGCAUGUCCCAGAUGGGCGUACCAGAGAUCAUCAAGGAUUCGGCGAGCGAGGCGAAUUACAGCGAGGAGGAUGAUCCCUCGCGUAGGAACAGAGGAAUGUCGAUACAUCACGGUGGACAACAUCGAUACGGACCACAAAUGGGACAACAAGGGCUACCCGGCACGCAUAGAAGAAUGGUCGGGCCUACCGGUAGACCUCAAGAUCCUUAUUACGAGCAACCAGACAGUCAAAGAGUCAGAGCAGCAGCUUACCGCGGUGGACGAGGAAUGCAAGCUCAAGGUGGCAGUCAUCCAUCGAGCAGUUCUCAACAAAUGAAUAAGAGAACUCGUUUGUUCGUCGCUCUGUUCGAUUACGAUCCGAAAACAAUGUCGCCGAACCCCGACGCCUGCGAAGAAGAAUUACCGUUCUCCGAGGGCGAUACCAUCAAGGUGUACGGCGAGAAAGACGGGGACGGAUUUUAUUGGGGAGAAUGUCACGGUAGACGAGGAUACGUUCCCCACAACAUGGUGGAAGAACUUAAAGACCAAAACCAACCGGGACAGGGUCAAUCGGGGAAGAGAGGAAGAUGGGGAGAUAUUUACGCCAAUAUGCCCGUGAAGAAGAUGAUAGCGCUAUACAACUACGAUCCCCACAAAUUGUCGCCCAAUGUUGAUUCUCAUGCGGAGUUGUCGUUCCAAACUGGAAACGAGAUUUAUGUGUUCGGCGAUAUGGACGACGAUGGAUUCUAUAUGGGUGAAUUAAACGGUAUGCGCGGCUUAGUCCCAAGCAACUUCCUCACCGAAGCACCGGAUCAACCGCCGCAAGGACAACUUCCUCCGGGAAAUAGAAGACAGCCUGGUCAAAGUCAAGGACCUGGAGUAAGAGGACCGCCUCCUCCACCGCGAGAACCUCCUCCUCCUGGUCAUCGACGAGGCAAAGAUGCCUGCAUUGUGCCUGUGUCUGUCCCUGUCUGUCACUUAGACUCUAGACAACAACAACAACAACAACAACAACAACAACAACAACAACCAUCACUAAUGAACAACCAACAACAUCAACUCCAACAUCAACAAAACAAUCCACCGCAUCUAGCGUACCAACAAGCGAAUCACCACAGCUACACCACUGUAACCACGUCCAACCAACAUGGGCCCACACCUAUGGGUGCCCAUCAGCAAGGUCCUGUACCGCCCCACCUUCAACAACAGGGGAAGGGGAGGGGAGGCGCGAUCAACCGUGGUAGUAAUGUGCCGGGAGGUAUGCAGGGCCCUGGGCAGCACAUGCAGCAACAACAAGACUAUCAGCAACAGAACCAGCCGUAUCAACAGCAACAGCCGAAUCAACCGAACCAAAGUUACCAGCAACCCGGUCAGGGUUACCAGCAACAAGGGACAGGAUUUGGUCCGCAGGCUCAACAAUUCCAACAACCGCAAACUCAACAACAGCAACAACAACAGCAACCACAGCAACAGCAACAACCGUAUUCGCAACAGAACCAGAGCUCGUCGAUGCAGGGAAGCCAGAGUACGAGUAAGCCGAUGAGAGGGAUACCGACGGUAUUGCCGACGCCACAAGCGAAGACACAACCUAGCGCGCAAGGCCAACAACAGCAACAACAGCAGCAGAGUACAGGGCCGAAUCUGAUGCAGAAAUUCACGGAGAUGGCCGGUGCGAGCGCUGGCGGCGAUAUCUUGUCGAAAGGAAAGGAACUGAUUUUCAUGAAAUUCGGGCUAGGCAAGUGAGCUAUUACCCUGCCCGUGUCGCCCCACCUCCGCUUCUUCUUCUCCAUUUCUCUCCUCUAA